UUCACUCCUACAUGAUUUUAGUGCGAGCGAACGGAACAUUAGGUUACCGGGUAAGAGGGGGUCACCUGGAGUCACGGCGGCUUUGACACGGACCUAUGUUGUGAGGAUGGGCCGGUUCUGGGCUGUGUUAUUAUUCGAUUUGGCUUGCAGUCUCGCGUUGAAUCAGGGUGAUCUUUUAAGAAAUGGUGCUGCAGGUGUUGACUAUACCGGCUCAUCUGAUGUACUUCGUUCUCUUGGUUUAUCUAAGCACACAGAGUAUGAGAUUGUUUCUCCAUAUGAGGUCAACCAUCAAGGGGUGUACAUCACACAUGAAAUAACCCAUCAUCAACGUAGAAGACGACGAAGAUCCCUGUCUUCAAAUGCAUCCACAUCAAACGCUAAUGAUGGCGAUGAAACGACUCACUUCCGGGUGAGCGGCUUGGGGCAGGACUUCCACAUGGAGCUACAGGAGACAUCCAAGACCCUGAUUGCACCUGGCUUCACCAUACAGGUCCUGGGAAAAAACGGCACCAAGAGCCUAAGGGCUUACCAACAGGACCACCAAUGCUUUUACCAGGGAUCACUGAGGCUAAAGGUCAACUCGUCAGUGGCGCUGUCCACAUGCACGGGGAUGACAGGUUUGAUACGCACUCAAGAUGCAGACUACUUCUUGAGGCCUGUGUCCCACCAAUUAGCCCUGAGAGAGAACUACACAGCACCUUCCCAUCACCAACCACACAUCCUCUACAAGAGUGACAGGGAAAGAGGUCAUCACUCUCGGGUGGUUCAGAAGAGAUCAGCAGAUUAUACCAGUAAAAUGCCAACCAAAUUACAGACUGGUGAAGAAGACCAGGAGCGCCAGCAAAAGAAUCAUUUUCGUAACAGUGACACACAUGAUGAGCAGCAAGCACAUCGCAGCAGGGGAAAUGACCACAAAUACUAUCAAAAAGCCGAAGACUCCAUACACACGGAGAAGCUGAGGCAACACUUCUGUGGAAGACGGAAGAAAUACAUGCCAAAACCUCCAAGGGAACAUCUCUUCCUGCUUCCAGAUGAGUACAAGUUCAUGUCCAGGAACAAGCGGGCAGUUAUCAUAAAGAACCAGAAUAAUCAACAGCUCAAUGUUGAGACGCUAGUGGUGGUAGACAGAAAGAUGAUGGAUGACCACGGCCAUGAGAACAUUACUACUUAUGUUCUCACUGUGCUCAAUAUGGUUUCUAGUCUCUUCAAAGAUGGUACCAUUGGAGGGAGCAUCAAUAUUGUAAUCGUGGGACUUGUACUUCUUGAUGAAGAGCAGGAUGGUUUGGUGAUCAGUCACCAUGCAGACCACACACUGAACAGUUUCUGUCAGUGGCAGUCCACUCUGGGAGGCCGAGAGGGUCAGCGUCAUGACCAUGCCAUUCUACUCACCGGACUUGACAUCUGCUCAUGGAAGAAUGAACCAUGUGACACUCUGGGUUUUGCCCCGAUAAGUGGUAUGUGUAGCAAGUACCGGAGCUGCACCAUUAACGAGGACACAGGUCUGGGAUUAGCAUUUACCAUUGCACAUGAAUCUGGACAUAAUUUUGGGAUGGUCCAUGAUGGUGAAGGAAACAUUUGUAAGAAGUCAGAAGGCAACAUCAUGUCCCCAACAUUAGCAGGUCACAAUGGUAUCUUCUCAUGGUCUGUGUGCAGUCGUCAGUACCUCAGCCGCUUCCUCAACUCGGCCCAGGCUUUGUGCCUGUCGGAUGAACCCAGUGGAGUGAAGGAGUAUCGAUAUCCUGAGAAGCUCCCUGGCGAGCUCUAUGAUGCAGACACACAGUGCAAAUGGCAGUUUGGUGAGAAGGCCAAGUUAUGCACGCUUGAUUUUAAGAAGGAUAUCUGCAAGGCUCUUUGGUGCCACCGAAUUGGGAGGAAGUGUGAGACCAAAUUCAUGCCAGCGGCAGAAGGCUCUCUCUGUGGGCCUGAUAUGUGGUGUCGAAGGGGUCAAUGUGUGAAACACGGUGAUGAAGGCCCAAGGCCACAUCACGGCCAGUGGUCAGAGUGGUCGGCUUGGUCUAUCUGCUCCCGAACCUGCCAGAGUGGUGUCACCUAUCGGGACAGGCAGUGCAAUAACCCCAGACCGGCCUAUGGAGGAAAGUUCUGUGAAGGCUCCUCUCGGUCGUACAAGCUCUGCAACACACAAGACUGUCCCCAAAAUGCUGUUGAUUAUAGAGCACAGCAGUGUGCUGCCUUCAACAGCAAACAGUUCAGAGGAUGGCACUACACCUGGAGACCAUAUACAAGAGUGGAUGAUCAAGAUGUCUGCAAACUAUACUGCCUUGCUGAGGGGUAUGACUUCUUUUUUGCCCUGGCCAGCAAAGUCAAAGAUGGAACACUUUGCACUUAUGACAGUAGUAACGUCUGUAUUGAUGGUCUGUGUGAGAGAGUGGGCUGUGACCGUGUGUUGGGGUCCCCUGCAGUGCUUGAUGUUUGUGGUGUGUGUAAAGGAGACAAUUCUACCUGCAAGAUCUACAAAGGACAGUACACAAAGCAGCAUCAUACUAAUCAGUACUAUGGUCUGAUAACCAUUCCAGCAGGGGCCCGGUCUAUCCGUGUUGUAGAACUGAAUACAUCAAGCUCCUACUUGGCGAUCAGGGACACCCAGAGGCGUUACUACUUGAAUGGACAUUGGACAGUGGACUGGCCAGGCAGACAUCUCAUCGCGGGAGCCAUUUUUGAAUAUAAAAGACCUUACAGCAGACCAGAGAGUGUCAUAUCAGCUGGACCCACAAAUGAGACAUUGGUUAUUGAGAUAUUAUUGCAAGGUUUGAACCCAGGUGUAAAUUGGGAAUACACUCUGAUGAAAACUGAUUCAGCAAGGAAUCAAAUCAAACACAACUAUACUUGGGCCAUCAUACGCUCCAAGUGCUCAGCAUCAUGUGCAGGAGGCCAAAUGAACACAAAGCCUGCAUGCUACAAAGACAUGAGAGUCCAAGUGAAUACAUCAUUCUGUAAUCCCAGAUCCAGGCCAACUACUGGAAUAAUACCUUGCAACACUCAACCAUGCCCUGCCAGCUGGUCUAUUGGGGCAUGGGGGGCAUGCAGUCAGAGCUGCGGAGGAGGGGAGCAGACACGACAGGUCCAAUGUGUCCAAAGAAGUCAGACUACAAAUGCCACCCUUGCUGAUUCUCACUGUUCUCAGCCGACGCCAGCCAGGAGGCAGGCCUGCGGCAUCCACAGUUGUCCACCAGCUUGGACCACCAGCUCAUGGUCACAGUGUUCUCGUCAGUGUGGCAAUGGCUUGAGGAAGAGGACAGUGCUGUGUGCUAGACUUACCUCAGGGACACAGUCACAGACCUUGCAAGAUACUUUGUGCGCAAGCUUGCCUAAACCUGCGAGUCAGGAAUCUUGCUUUAUCAAACGCUGUCUGAAACAACGCAAAGUCCAGUGGUUUGUCUCAACAUGGCAAGAGUGUUCAGUAACAUGUGGCCGUGGCUAUCAAGCACGUUUCAUCAAAUGUGCUGAAAAGGAUGCAGCAGGCAAAUACAGAGAGCUUGCCGCGAAAAAAUGCCACCACAUCCCCAGGCCCAAUGUGGACCUUCAACGACUCUGUACCUUAGCUGAGUGUCAGGUUCGUACAACCCCAUCAGUCCAGCAGUGGAAUGUACAUCAUCAUCAUCAUCAUCAUCAUCCAUCGUUACCUUACCCAAGACCUGAAUGGCAUGCAUCUCCUUGGUCUCAGUGUACAGUGACAUGCGGAGGUGGGGUGCAGUCUAGGACAGUCCAAUGCCUGGCACAGAGGAAUCCCAUUUCGGGCUGUGCCCUCCAUCUAAAGCCUUCAAUGUCCCAGGCUUGUAACACAAACUUCUGCCCACAAGAAGACAAAAAGGAUCUGGCAUGUCAGGAUUACUUCAACUGGUGUUAUCUGGUGCCACAGCAUGGCGUGUGCAACCACAAGUUUUAUGGCAAGCAGUGCUGUCAGUCCUGUUUACAUUCAAACCUAUAAUCUCAUACAAGUGACAAUGUCUGUGAUGCAGACAGGAAGGUAAUUAGAUAGUCAAAAGACUAUAAUUGAUGCCCAUGCUUGGGAAGUUGUGUUGUGCUGUGAUGUGCUUGUGUAAAGCACUAAAACACUCAAACAAUAGUAGACAAUGCAAGUUCCAGCGAGCUGCAAUGACCGAAUCUCUCCACGCAAUCCUCGAUAUCUGAAAAUGAGAACUUUUUACUGCGAAUGUUACCGAGGAAUGUGAUAAGGACAGUGGUUAAAGAAGAAUUGAGGUCCUGGAGAAACGAACCAUUAGCGUACCUACCAAAAGAAGUGGAAUCCCUGAAAAUGUUCUUUUCAAGACAGAGGGAGAAAAGUUCAAACAUCUGAUGCAUCCUUGUUGGCACUACACUGCUUGAUGAACAAGAGCUAAUGAAAAGGGACAUCACUAAAUCAUUUUACUGUGAAACUUGAAGAAAAAGUCCUGAGUGGAUUUUGUAUUAGCUGGAGGAAAAAAUGAUCCUCUGUAUUUACAAGGUUAAAAAAUGAAUAAAUCUUGAAUAAACUGAGGUACUCCUUACACUAGUUGUAUACUCAGUGGUGCUAUGGGGUUGUCAUUUGCCACCAUUACAAUGAGGAAUUAACAUAAAUAGUUGGCCCAUGUACUGUAUGUAUGUUAUUUAUUGGCUUUUCAAUACAGCAAUGCUGGAAGGGUGUAUUAAUAAGCAUUAUAAAUGUAACAGCUUAUUACUCUACCCAAACCCAUUCGUAUUUUGCAUUGUGUAUCAUAAAAUACUGAAAAUCUGCUUCAUUUAUUUGGAAUACAUUACUUUUCAAUAAAAAUAUAUACUUUGAUAAUGCUUAAUUUGAUAAUGAUAAUGAUUAUUAACAACACUUCAUGAUAUGACAUGUGGUCGUCAACAACCUUGAAAUAUGUUGCUGUUUUUUAUUCCAAUCCAAAGUAAAUAAGAGAGUGGGAUGACUACAAGUACAGUAUAAAUGCAUUAAUUCAAGUUCAAUAUUGUGUUAUAUUUUGGCUGCAGAAGAACUGGAAAGUCAUGGUUUGUGCAAU